AUGGUCGACAUAUUCGUUGAUAUGGAAAAACCAUUCCUACCAAUGCUUGUAUCAAAUUGGAUAUUUGGUAUAGGUAUCGCCCAAUAUCCUAUUGGAGUACCUCAUCGUGUAUUAAGUUUUACUUAUUCUUUAUUAAACAUUACACUCUAUUGUGUAGUUGCAUUUUUUGCUUAUCCUUACUAUAUCAAAUUCAUCGAUGUAACAAAAUCGACGUUAACUACAAUGAUAUUUUCAUUUUCUAUCAGCAUUUUAUUAACCAUCAUAAUGAUCACAUCUGGUUGGUUUCAAGCCAAGGGUGUACGUAAAUGCAUUAUCAAAGCAGCCAUAGUGAAUUAUCUUAUGCAACAAAUUAUGAUUCCAAAGGAAAGCACAGUCAUUUUUUUCAAGGAAUUCAUCAAGUUUUUAAUCCCUCUGACUUCUAUCUUUCUUAUAAUAACAUUUAAUUUAUUUAUUACGUUUUCUGAAUCCUUCGCUCACAUAGGUCAAAUAGGAGCAAAUUUCACAAUGAACUAUCCAAUCAUUGUAAUGUUUAUAAUCGAUUCGUCUUUUGUAAAUAUUAUAGGGAAAGUUAAAAAUUAUAUAUUAAUACUCAUGUAUGCAAAUUUUAAAUUUAUUAAACUAAAUGAACUCUUGUAUAGUUUAUUAACAAGUUCAGCAGAUGUACCACAACAUAAGAGGACAUUCAAAGAAUUUAUUUAUAAAGAAAAAAAUUCGAAGUUUCAAUAUUUAAAAAGUAUUAGAAAAGACUAUAGUGAUGUUAUCAAGUGUGCAAAGCAGAUUCAUCUUCGUCUCGUAGAAUUGUGUCAACAUGCAAGCAAUACUUAUGGACUGCAUUUUCUGAUAUCUACUGCUUUUGCAAUUGGAAUAAUGAUAUAUAAUACGUACAAUAUUUAUAAUAUAUUAGCGAGCAUCGUGAUAACCAGCGCUGAAUAUAAUAUACACAUAAUGAAACCGAUAUUAUACAACUGUAAUUGGCUUACUUAUAACAUUUUAAAAAUAGUUCGACUUAGCUGGUUUUGUGAUUCAAUUUGUAAAGAGUCUGUACGAAGUGGUGAUAUAGCAAGUGAACUUUAUGACGAACCUUUCAUAAGUGAGAAUACCAAAUCUGAGAUACGAGAUUUUGAGAACGAGUUAAUUUCAAACAAAUUAACAUUGACAGCUUAUGGAUUUUUUCAUCUAGAUUUUACACUUGUUCAUGCGAUGAUCUGUACUGUAGCAACCUACCUUAUGAUUAUAAUUCAAGUGAAAUCUACAUGUCGAUAA